CUCUCUCUCCAGACCAGUCCUCACCUUUCUCCCUGUCCUGGCUGUAUGAGUCUGUGUGUGUGUUUUUGUGUGUGAGUGUGUGGUGUAUCCACUGAUGCACGCCUCACUUGGACACUCUGGUUAGGCUAUGAGCCCGCACUCUCGUUGCUUUGCUGUGUUUGGACAUUUUUCACUGCAGAGUUGACUAUUGAGAGUAAAGCACUUGAAGAUGUACUACGUGAAAAAGAAGUCCCAAUACAACAUGCUGAGCAGCAGCAUGGAGAGCCUGGGGAGCCGUGCAACGUCCUCCAGUCCCUACAGCUCCGAGAACGCCUCCUCGUCCGCUGUGCCCACUCCCUCACCCUACUCACAGCCCAACUCCACCUUUGAGGGCCUGUCCCCUGCCCCGGCCAUCCCCUCCAACACCGACUACCCCGGACUGCACAACUUCCAGGUGUCCUUCCAGCAGUCUAGCACCGCCAAGUCUGCCACAUGGACCUACUCCCCCCUGCUGAAGAAGCUCUACUGUCAGAUCGCCAAGACCUGUCCGAUCCAAAUCAAGCUGUCCUCCUCUCCUCCUCAUGGCAGCAUCCUCAGAGCUAUGCCUGUCUACAAGAAGGCGGAGCACGUCACAGAAGUUGUCAAACGCUGCCCCAACCACGAACUAGGACGAGACUUCAAUGAUGGUCAAGCAGCUCCGGCCAGUCACCUGAUCCGAGUGGAGGGGAAUAACCUCUCUCAGUAUGUGGAUGAUCCUGUCACUGGCAGGCAGAGUGUCUUCUUGCCAUAUGAAAGUCCACAGGUGGGGACUGAGUUCACAACCAUACUGUACAACUUCAUGUGCAACAGCAGCUGUGUGGGCGGCAUGAACAGGAGGCCCAUCCUCAUUAUCAUCACUUUGGAGACCAGGGAUGGUCAAGUGUUGGGCAGAAGGUCGUUUGAAGGACGGAUAUGUGCAUGUCCUGGCCGUGACCGCAAAGCAGAUGAGGAUCACUUCAGGGAACAACAGGCCCUGAAUGACAGUGUGGCCAAAAAUGGCAGUGCCAACAAACGCAACUUCAAACAGAGUCCACCAAAUAUUCCCAGUCCAAAUAUCAACAUGAGGAAGAGGCGCCAUGGAGAAGAAGAAAUUUACUAUAUUCCUGUCCGUGGCCGGGAGAACUUUGAGUUGCUGAUGAAGAUCAAAGACAGUUUGGAGCUGGUGGAGCUGGUGCCACAGCCGCUGGUGGACUCGUACAGACAACAGACACAGCAGCAGCUUCUGCAGAGACCGAGCCAUAUAGCAUCCCCCAACCCAUACUCUCCAAUGUCCAACAUGAACAAGCUUCAUACCCACGGAGGCCUCAACAAACAGUCCUCAGUUAACCAGCUGGUGGGGCAGCAGCACCAGCAACACCCCACUACCCCCACCUCCAUAGCUCAUAUGGGUUCUAACAUGCUCAACAGCCACCACAUGCAGGGGAAUGGUGAUAUGAAUGGUGGCCACAACAGUCAGACUAUAGUGUCUGCCUCCCACUGCAGCCCGCCCCCUCCAUAUAACCCUGACCCCAGCCUCGUCAGUUUUCUAACCAGUCUGGGCUGUCAGAACGUCAUUGAGUACUUCACCUCCCAAGGCCUCCAGUCUAUCUACCACCUCCAGACUCUCACCAUGGAGGAUUUAGGUGCACUAAAAAUACCGGAGCAGUUCCGCCUUGCAAUCUGGCGAGGUCUUCAGGAAAUGAAACAAGUUGCUCCCCUCCAACUGCCUGCCUCUACUCAUCACCAUGACUAUCAUGGCCAGCAGCUCCUUCGCUCCAGCAGCAACAUGACUGCUUCUGCCAUGGCGGCGAUUGGGUCUGCCAGCGGGGAACUUCAACGUCAGCGCGUCAUGGAAGCUGUGCACUUUCGUGUCCGCCACACCAUCACCAUCCCCAAUCGGGCAGGUGUUGUUGGGACGUCAGGGAUGGCAACGUCUGCUGAUGAGUGGGCUGACUUUGGUUUUGAUAUGCCCGACUGCAAGCUGUCACGUAACAAGCACUCCAUCAAGGAAGAGUUCAUGGAAAGUGAUGUUCAUUGAGCCUGAAGAAAGUCUUUGGACCGGUUCUCCAAUACUUGUGUCUGCAUCAGCCUUAUUUACACAUUAAACACAUGUGGUUUGGGUCUCUGAAUGUUCUUUUAGGUGUUUAAGUUAUGUUACACUCUGUGAUAUUGCAGAGAAACAAGUUGACUUUGAUCAUUUUAUUGUGCUAAUGCACUUUCAACCCAAAACAUUGAACAUGAAAUGAAACAAAAGGUUGUCACAAGUGAGGAAUAUACUUUCUGAGACUCUGAUAAGUGCAUGCAGACAUGUGUUGUGUUUUUUUCUGCAAACCAAAAUGUUUAUUGACUGCAGUGUGCAAUAAUACAUGACACAUUUAGUUAUUUUAAAGCAUCCACAUAAAAUGAAACAAAAUGAAAAUCCCACAAAUGUCCCAAUAGACUUCUAACUAUUUCACAACUUGUGUUUGAAUAGGCAACAUUUGUUCUAAGCUGACUUAUUUAUUGUUUUGUCAGUUUCCUCUCAUUUGUACAAAUGUAUAUAUUGUAUCUUGUAAAUGUUUGAGUCAGUAGAUGUGGUUAAAAAGGGGUAUUUUGAUUCAGAAUGGUUUAAUUCUUGUUUGGUAAAUCUUUUUUUUUUUUCAUCUCACGGCUAUGGGAACACAUAGCCAUGUAUAUUUUUAAUGGCUAUUGAAAUGUGAUGUUCAGCAUAGACUUCUCAUUUCAUUGUCAGAAAUUGUUCAAUGAGCUUUAGUAUUAAUAGUGUGUAUUCAGUCAACAUGAUAUGAGAAGUUACACAUUUGAUCCAUUACCUUUUUUAUUAAGUCAUAGGAAGACUGUAAUCAUUGUAGAGAAAGCCAUUUCAAAACAGUUGAGAGAAAAAAUAUCAAAAACAGUAUUAUAUCUUAUUAACAAGGAUUUAAUCAGAAUUGUGAAUAAUAAAUUGGGAAUAGCAUCCCUGUUUACCACAGCACUAGACAAGACUGUAACAUUUUUGUCUUUCUGUGUAUUUGAAAAACCUUGCAGGGCAAGGUCCUCAUAUAAUGAUUAUCACUAGUUGUGUAUGUACUAAUAUGUAUCUUCAUGGCACUUGUUUGUGGAUAUUUAAUAGCAACAUUCCAGGAGAUAGUGAUCUAUCUAUGGUUUUAUUUUUUAGAUUGCUAUCAAGCAUGAUUAAUCAUGGUGCAAUUCUAUUUGUGUCAAAUGUGUUUGUUUUAAAUACUUGACAUUGUACCAUGAUAAUAAUUUGUAUCUGAUUUGUAUACUUUGUUAUACCUUCACCCACUAAUUACCAACUGGUCAAAAAAAGCACUUUUAUGCUUUAAAAGUAAAAACAUUUAGGAUUAUGUGUGCUUAUGAUCAGUAUUAUGAAUUACCACGUUGUACAUAAAAAAGUGAUUGUUUUUAUAUCCGUAGUAGUUUUUCGUUAGCAGUUUUGUAACACAUAUUAAAACAUGUACCUGUAUAUCUAUUGCUGUUCAUUAAUGCCCAUUAGUUUCUGAGUUUGUUCAAUGUUUUUUUUUUUUUUUUUUUUUAAAUCAUGGAUAUUAAAA